AUGUCAUUUAUUGAGCUAGUGAAGCGCCCUCGAAACAAUGAAACUCUGUUUCGAGUGAAAAAAAGCUCCUCAAGAACACCGUAUGUGACUGUCGUAACAAUCGUCAAAACACCAGCAAGUGAACCCAACAAUUUAUGCAGAGAAAAUAAUGGAGGAUGUGGCGAGAACGUCUGUGUUGAGGUUCAAAGUGAUGUAUUUGAUUUCCAAGUCAAAUGCAACUCGCCAGAUAAGGAAAUAUUCAAUGUACCAGAAGUUUACGUUAAACCUAAGAACGACUGGAUUUACAAGGGUUGUUUCAACAAAGUGCAGUCCUCUAAAGAACUGAGGAUAGAUUCUGUAAAAUCGUGUUUUGAAUAUUGUAAAGAAACAUCAUUCUACGCAAUGAAGGAUGGUCGGUUAUGCACAUGUGCCAACAGUGUUGAGAAUGAAGCUGGUGCCGACAAAUGCGAUAAGAAAUGUUCAGAUGGGCUGUCGUGUGGAGGAUCUUCUUUCCAUUCUGUAUAUGCCAGUAAUAGUGAAACAUGCCAAUGUGGGAGAAAAAUAGAAUUCAAAGACCAGUUGAGCAAAGAACAAUGCAAAGAACCUUCUGUGUUCGCUCUCUUAUCUGACGUCUCACCAGAUUUAGAUGUUCAAGGAAAACCGACAAAAUACAACUACUGUAUGAAUGAUAAGAUAGAAAUUAAGAAAGCUUACUGUAAAACUGGUCAUUGCAAAUUUGGCUGGAAUGGAGCACUCUGUGAUAAGAGAGAUUGUGAUAAUAAUAGCGGUGACUGUCCCAAGGCAAUGAUGUGUGUGCAAGAAAUAAUAAACAAUGUUUUGUUUGAAAAAUGCCUGUGCGGAGAAGGUCUUUUAACAACCAGUGAAUCCGAAUGCAAAAAGUCUGACCUUGCUCUUUAA